AGAGAGUUUCACGGCUAAAUAUAAGUUUAUGAGCAGACGGAGCGGGGAGGAGAGAGAAGAGAGGAGAGGGACGGUCCUGUCUCGGUCGGGCCAGGCAAGGAGUUGUCACAGACACAGCCAGGAGCUCCCAGUCCUGCAGUACUGAGUGGCCAGGUCAGCGAGGGGCAAAGCACAGCCCCAACACCAACCCGGGAAGAGCUCCCCAAGGGCCCCUCGCACAGUUCCACCGACCCCCGACUACCCCCACCGUCCAUCACAGACACCAGCCAUGUCGUACGCCGCAAUGAUCAAGGAGAAAAAGGAAAAGGCCGCGAUUGUCGCAAACGAAUUCCACCGAGCGGGAGAAGUAGUGCAGCUGAACCUGGGGAAGAAAGCCCACCUGCCGCAGGAUGUGAUGGUGGAGGAGCUGGCGUUACUCUCCAACAAAGGGGCCAAGAUGUUCCACUUGCGACAAAAACGUGUGGACAAGUUCACGAUAGAGAGCCCGGAUGACCGGCAUCAGCAGAAAGGCUGCGUCUCGAAGCUCCCCGAGGGGCUGAAGGAGAAUUACAAGACUGAGAUCUUCAUCCCACAGGGUGGGAAGGCCCCGGGACCCCCCGUCUCCGCCAAGCUCCCGGGAAGUCUCACCGCAGGCAAACACCUCAACAUGAACCCCAGCCUCAUUGCUCCAGGUUACUCGGGGCCCCUGAAGGAGAUCCCCCCGGAGAGGUUUAACAGCACGGUGGUGCCCAAGUCCUACCACUCGCCGUGGGCAGAGGCCAUGAACGAAGAACACGACUACGUAGAGAGCAUCAGCGCCAACCUGCCUGAGCCCCCGCCCCAGUCACAGGCCUUCAGGUGCUUCAACAGGGUAGCGACCCCCUUCGGCACGCCAGCCCUAUUCCCUGCCCGGUCCUUCCCGCCACCGGCCUUCGAGUUGGUCGAGGAGAUGGUGGAGCCGGUGACGAUGGAAGCCGAACGCAUCGCCAACCGCCCCAACUUCAACCGUCGUCCCCGAGGCUGGAUCCCCAUCAUCCCCGAGUCUGCUGAGUUGUGAGGCAGCUUCCAGCGGGAGGGGUGGGGAGGGGCAAUUACCGGGGUGUGUAUCUGAGGAGGGGGGCGAAGUUUUGGUUAACGUUAACCACAAUUCCCUUCCCCUCUCCCCGUCACAUAUUAACUAUUCCCAGGCCCGGACGGCUCAAUGAUCUUCCAGCACAGAAGGAGGCCAUUCGGCCCAUCGUGCCUGUGCCAGCUCUUUGAUUUGAAAGAGCCACCAACUAGUCCCACUCCCUCACUCUUACCCCAGAGCUUUGCACGUUUCGUUUUCAAGCACAGUUCCUCACCCGGCUGGGUACGUACGUUUAGGGAUGGUUUCCGCGGGAAUCCUGGCCGAUCAGACCGUUGUGUGUUAAUGCACGAGGCAGACAAGCGACAAAGUGAGACACGAACGAGAAGCAAAUAAAGAGAUACAGCAACAA